GUCAACCAGCUGGAAAUCUUGAUUAGAUCAUGAAACAGGUCUCGUGGGUGUAUUUCAACAAUGGAGCUUGAAGAAUAGUCUGUUAUGGUCAGAAACAGGAUGGGUUAGCUAUUCUGAAAGCCAAAUGGCUACAAUGGAUAACAUUGCUGAGGGUGUGACCAAGGGAGUCUGUGCUUGAGUUUGAGAAGGAAGGUAGAAUCAAGGAGGAGGUCAAGUAACUAAGAGAAAGAAUCGGCAUUCAGGAAGAAAUAAUCCAAGAGAAGGAAGACCAAGCAGAUCAAGAUGUGUAGCUCUGUGGCAGCCAAGUUGUGGUUUUUGACAGAUCGUCGAAUCAGAGAAGACUAUCCCCAAAAAGAGAUUUUACGAGCAUUAAAGGCCAAAUGUUGUGAGGAGGAAUUGGACUUUAGGGCCGUGGUGAUGGAUGAGGUGGUACUGACAAUCGAGCAAGGAAACCUGGGUCUGCGGAUCAAUGGAGAACUAAUAACUGCCUAUCCCCAAGUGGUGGUAGUGAGAGUACCAACCCCUUGGGUGCAAAGUGAUAGUGACAUAACUGUUUUGCGCCAUUUAGAGAAGAUGGGAUGUCGGUUGAUGAACCGACCUCAAGCCAUCCUGAACUGUGUUAAUAAAUUUUGGACUUUUCAAGAGUUGGCUGGCCAUGGUGUUCCUCUGCCAGAUACUUUCUCUUAUGGUGGUCAUGAAAAUUUUGCUAAAAUGAUUGAUGAAGCAGAAGUACUGGAGUUUCCAAUGGUAGUGAAGAAUACACGAGGUCAUAGAGGCAAAGCGGUUUUCUUGGCCCGAGAUAAGCACCAUUUGGCUGAUCUAAGCCAUCUUAUUCGCCAUGAAGCUCCAUACCUAUUCCAGAAGUAUGUUAAGGAGUCUCAUGGACGAGAUGUCCGUGUCAUUGUUGUGGGAGGCCGUGUGGUUGGCACCAUGUUACGUUGUUCAACAGAUGGAAGGAUGCAAAGCAACUGCUCACUAGGUGGUGUGGGGAUGAUGUGCUCCUUGAGUGAACAGGGGAAGCAGCUAGCUAUCCAGGUGUCUAAUAUCCUGGGGAUGGAUGUGUGUGGCAUUGACCUAUUGAUGAAAGAUGACGGCUCCUUCUGUGUCUGCGAGGCCAAUGCAAAUGUAGGUUUCAUCGCCUUUGAUAAGGCUUGUAAUCUAGAUGUAGCUGGUAUCAUUGCGGACUAUGCCGCCUCCCUCCUGCCCUCUGGCCGGCUCACCCGGCGUAUGUCCCUGCUCUCCGUGGUGUCCACGGCCAGUGAGACUAGUGAGCCGGAGCUGGGUCCCCCAGCCAGCACUGCUGUCGACAACAUGAGCGCAAGUUCCAGCUCUGUUGACAGUGACCCUGAAAGCACCGAGCGAGAGCUGCUCACCAAGCUCCCAGGGGGCCUGUUCAACAUGAACCAGCUGAUAGCCAAUGAGAUCAAACUCCUGGUGGAGUGACUCCACCGGUAAAUAAUUACCAACAACUCCCUUGUAAAACUCAAUUUCUUUUU